AAUUGGCUUUGUUUCAAAAUGCAGCUAAACUUAAAGACAGCAGAGUGAGAGCUUGUCAGUCUGUACAUGAUGAGCCUGAACAUCCCAGGAGUUGUGGUGAUGGUCUUCUUCUACCUGCUGGUGCUCUGCACCGGCAUCUGGGCCUCCAUGAAGUCCAAGCGGUUGAAGAACAACAACCAGGCUGACCAGACUGAAGUCACUCUGCUGGGAAACCGAGGCAUCAGCUUGGCAGUGGGAGUCUUCACAAUGACUGCUACCUUUGUUGGAGGUGGCUACAUUGUUGGUUUGACAGAGGCGGUGUACACUCCAACCAUGGGACUCCUGUGGGCUGUCAUGCCAUUAACAGGAGCACUUUCUUUCAUUAUUGGAGGAAUUUUCUUUGCUAAGACAAUGAGGGAAAGAAAAUUUAUUACGAUGAUGGACCCAUUCCAGAUCAAGUAUGGAAACGUAAUAAGUGGAGUUCUUUCUGUUGCACUGCUGAUAUCUGAUAUUAUCUGGGUAACAGGAACCCUGAUUGGUUUAGGAGCAACAAUGAGUGUGAUCCUGGAUUUUCCCUACAGUCUUUGCAUUUGGAUUUCUGCUAUAGUAGCCAUAAUCUACACACUGCUGGGAGGUCUGUACUCUGUGGCCUACACAGACAUCAUACAGCUGACACUUAUAUUCUUCAGCAUGUGGCUGUGCGUCCCUUUCAUUCUGAUGAAUCCCUCCUCAGCUGACAUCACCAAGACUGCUUUUAACUUUACCUACCAGCCCCCCUGGCUCGGUACAGUGACCGCAGAAAGAGCAUGGAGGUGGAUUGAUAAUUGCUUGUUGCUGAGUUUAGGUAACCUGGGCUAUCAGGACUUCCACCAGAGGACUCUGUCAGCCUCCUCAUCGGCCACAGCCAGGAUCACCUGCUUCAUUGCCGCUCCCAUCCUUGUCAUACUGGGGAUUCCCUCUGUGUUGAUAGGCGCAGUAGCAGCUUCAACAGACUGGAACAAGACAUCGUAUGGCUCCCCGUCCCCAUAUGAGCGUGGUGAGGCCGGUCUAGUUAUGCCCAUUGCUUUGCAGAACCUCGCACCAAACUACAUCUCCAUCAUUGGUAUUGGAGCUGUAGCUGCUGCUGUGAUGUCAUCAACAGACUCUGCUCUGUUGUCUGCCGCCUCAAUCUUCUCAUCCAAUAUCUACAAAAAUAUCUUGAGGAAAAAGGCAUCACAAAGGGAGCUGCAGUGGGUGAUCCGUGUGACAACUGUGUUGGUGGGUUUGGCUGGGACAUCGUUGACCUUCCUCCACAACAGCAUCAUGGUUUUCUGGAUCCUGGGCUCAGACAUCACAUACACCAUCAUGUUCCCUCAGCUCGUCUGUGUCCUUUUCUUUCGCAUCUCCAAUGGCUACGGCUCCAUUAUGGGUUUUUUGGUUGGUUUGUUGUUGAGACUGUUGAGUGGGGAGCCAUCAAUUGGGCUGCCAAUUGUCCUCCAUUUCCCAGGUUGCACUCUUGAGGAUGGUAUAUAUGUCCAACGUGCUCCUGUGCGGACUAUCUGCAUGUUGACCACCAUUUUUGUCACUUUGUUCUUCUCCUAUCUCAUGUUGCUGCUCUUCAACAAAGAUCUGAUUCCUGAGUCGUGGGACAUCUUCAAAGUCAAAGCUCAAAAACUAGCAUGUGGUGCUGUGUUAACAAGCACAGGUUCCAACAAAACAGGUGGAGAAAAAUCUGAUGUUCAUUGUGAGAGUGAAUUUAUGUUGACACCACUUCAGCCGGAGUGAAAGAUGAUUUAAUGGUGGA